CGCCUGAGGACGCAGUUACCAUGGCAACCGGGCGGCGCCUGAGCACGCGGGAAGGAGGCUUAAGUAGAGAGGUCUGGCCUGCUUGCUCUGGGAGACUUGAUGAGUGACCCUCCUCAGACUUCUACGGCCUCCGCUUUGGGCCCCCGAGGCCAUGGGUCGGAUCUCCGGGCUCGUGCCCUCUCGAUUCCUGACGCUCUUGGCUCAUCUGGUGAUUGUCAUCACUUUGUUCUGGUCCCGGGAAAGCAACAUCCAGGCUUGCCUGCCUCUCAAGUUCACCCCGGAGGAAUAUGAGAAGCAGGACAACCAACUGGUAGCAGCGCUCUGCCUCACCCUGGGCCUCUUUGCAGUGGAGCUGGCUGGCUUCCUCUCAGGAGUCUCCAUGUUUAAUAGCACCCAGAGCCUCCUCUCCAUUGCAGCCCACUGUAGCGCGUCUGUGGCCCUAUCUUUCUUCAUAUUCGAGCGAUGGGAAUGUACCACGUACUGGUACAUUUUUGCCUUCUGCAGCGCUUUUCCAGCUGUCACUGAAACUGCGUUAUUCAUCGCUGUCUUUGGGCUGAAAAAGAAACCCUUCUGAUCACAACCCGAUGAAGGGACCAAAGCCGGAAACGUGAUGAACUCCCUCCCAUUGCUGGAAGAAGAAAGGGAGAGGCUUCAGUUUUCUCUCGCCCUAGUCUUUUGCUCCUCCCAACUGCGUCUAAACAGAAAAUGGCAAUGUUGGGAUAAGAUCUCACAAAUCUUGGGUUAUAAUUUUAUUAGAGUUUUGUAAUAAAAUUCAUUUUAUAAUAAGAGCAAGGCUUAGACUAUUUGUCAGAAGACCAUUGGGUAAAUCAAAAGGCUGAUGUAAAUAAAGGCUUUUUUCUAGCCUUCUGUACGUGA